AUGUCACCCAAAAAACAAAUUUGGAAUCAUUUUACUCAGUUAGGAAUUGUAAAUGGCUUUGUUAAAAAACGUGUUCGCUGUAAUUACUGUAGUUAUGAAUUAAGUGAAGCUGCAGGCCGAUGUAAAGCACAUUUGCGUAACGAUUGCUUAAAGGUGCAAAAUAAUGUUUUAAGACAGUAUUUUGGAGAUAAUUUUCAGCGCAAUAAUUCCAAUAAUGUAUCUUUGGAACCAUAUAAUGUUGAGAAUCUUUUUGAUCAUCUUUCAACAAUUCAAGAACCUCAACAAGAUGAAUUGAAACUAUUAUUUGCUCAAGCUGUUUUUUAUUGCGGCUUACCAUUAACUUUUCCUGAAUUGGAACCGAUUAAAAUUCUUUUCAAGCGUGUAUACUCUACUUUUGAAUUACCAACUCGAAGGCGGCUAACAGGAUCUUUACUAGACCAAAUUUAUACAGAUACUAAGACUAAAAUUAAUCAAUGUAUUAGUAAUACAGAGUUUUUAACUCUAAUUAGUGAUGGAUAG